ACUAACCAUCACUUUAGCCAUUCCCAUGGUCGCAUUGCUGGGUUGGAUUUGUUUAGGAGGAAAUGAUUCGGUCUCUACUUUGCCUACGCAUGUGGCGUGAGUUACUUGAUCAUGAGCAGCUCGAUAGACGAUGAUCCAUCGGACCCUGUUUACAUCGCCGACGAGAACACACUACCAGCAUCAUUGCUGGAAACCGCGGACCAUGAGAGAACACCACCAGAGCCCUCGAGGCUGACACGCAAAGCUACCACACGAACCUCUGCUCUUGAAUACAUGCGCUUGGCGCUUCCAAGAAAAACGGUGGAAAUAUAUGCCGAUGUGUUAAGACAGCUUACCAGUGAUAAUUCCUUCGAUUCUGCGGAUCCUGACACCGAGAGACAUAAUUCUACCCAAGAUGGGGUCGUGAUAUGGAGCCCACAGGAGAAGGACAUCCUCUAUCGCGUUCUAGAGCGAAAAGGCAAGGAGGGUAUUCGCGAAGCUGCGCGCGCACUGGGCUCGAAGUCUGAAAUCGAAGUGCAGGAACACCUCCAACUCUUACAUAGCAGUUUCCAAAGGCGCCAUCUGGAAGCAGGUCAUAGUCGGGCAAUCCUGCUGGCUGAUGUACCCGCUGCUGCCGAGAUCGGCGAGGAAUGCCACGCAGUUCUCGAGAAUUACGCUGAGCUACUUCGGCUGGAGGAGCAACAGGAGGAGGAUGUUGCUGGCAGACAGAAACAUCACAAUUUUUGGAUAAUUAAUCAACGGUCAGCUGCGUACUUGGAUUCCCAGGCCAAGACAGCGAAAAUUGACUCUCGACCGAAAGCGAGAGAAUUGAGUCAUCAUAAUACGACAAACGCGAGCGAUCAAAUUUCAGAGAAGGCGAACGGCCAUGCAGCAAAAGAUAUGGAAAAAGGAAGCUCGGCCCAACUGGAUACUCAAGGCGCGGAUUCACACAACUAUUCCAGUGUGCAUCUUACCGCUGGCUUGUUCAGAAUGGAGAACUGGGUUCGUCUCUCGGAGCGGCUUUUCAUGAAUUUUGGAAGCACACGCUUGGACGACAACUGGCAUCACCUCUCUUUUGCAGAUGAGAACCCAUCUUUGACGGCUGACGCAUUCGCCGAUUUCUACGCACUGGCCGUGAGUUUAACACGCCGCCUCGUACAGUCAUCUCUCUUCUUUGCGGAGGCCAGGUUGCGCAAGUGGAGAGACGCUGGCCAGGAAAGGGCCCUCGAAGUCAAAAGCCGCGAUGUUAGGACAGCGCUGGACGUGCUUAACAUUAACCGAAAUAGCUCCGAAUUCUGGGUUGGACUCGCGCGGAGGCUCUCCCUCGACGUUGUAGACAAUCGUCACGUGAAAGAUUGGAAAUCGAUUCAGAUGGACUAUGACGAAGUAGAAGACAUUCUCUCUGGGAGGCUGCCAUUGCCUACGCAACCGGGUUCAAUCUCAAGGAGUGUGUCUAGGGCCCGCGGUGGGAUUGAGGUGGCAGAUGAGCACGACUCAGACAGUGGUAGCACAAUUGAGCAUCUUGUCUCUGGCCAGCCAGCUCCAUCGUCAUUCAUGGAUGAAGAUCCGGUCGACUCGGAAGAUGAUUAUGCCGAGUAUGUCGACAAAGAAGCGAGCCGUACGGAGGAGUCCAAUCUUUGGAAGCUCAUCGGUCGGCCGCACCCGCGUACUACUUCACGCGUCCCUGGGCAUGAUGAGGUCGAGGGUGUGAAUGAAAGUGAUCUUCUUUCGAUGAAGCCAGAAUCCCGCAAAAGGCCAUUUGGCGAACGGAAGUCAAUGGAGGAUCUGCUCGACUGGCGAGAUCGGUUGCAAUACCGGAGUGAGUGGGAGGAGUACGGCCACGAGGUUUUCGACUUGCAAGACGAGAUUCUUGAGAACAGAAGAAAAAGACGCCGUCAUGAGCAUGAGGAUUCGCCGUCUUCUUCACCGGCUCUCGUCGAUUCGGACGACAGCGUACUUCUCUCCGAUGUGCCCCAUGAUGACAUGUCUUUGAUCCACAAUUCAGAGGAUGUCGAUCGGGUUAAUUCCGGUAAUAGCUCACUCGAAGAGCCAUUAUAUGGCGAUGAGAGCGGUGUUGACUUCUAGUAUGUGGUAUGGAUAUUCUUAGGGAAUUUUCUUGUGUACAUUAUGACCUUCUUACGAUAGCAUGGAAGCGCGAUACCCAGUCGGUGAGCAUAAUACAUACGUUCCAGAUAAUUCAGUCGCAG